GCUGCUCCUCUGUGCGCUCUCAGCGCCGAGAGGAGGGACGAAAGAGGGAGAGAGGGAGGAGGUGAGGACAGUAAUAAGGUGUUUACAUUCUGAAACACAGCUCACAGUUUCCCAGCACCAGGACCAGGACCAGGACCAGGACCAGGACCAGGACCAGGAUAGCUGAGGAGCUUUCACUCACUUUCACAGAGGAACCUUUUACACUGACAAGCUUUUACGCACAGUCAUGGUUCUUACGCACAGGUGAACUCCCGCCUCCAACUCAUCAACCACAGAAUUAAAAAAAAAAGACUUGACAGACGUCCGGGUCCAACAUCUCCUCCUCCUCCUCCGUCCCUUGCCUUGGAGGUGAACAGGUUGUGACCAUGUCCAGAAAGAAGGCAGUGAAAGGCAAAGGCAGCUGCUCCAAAAGCCCCAAGGCUUCACCGAGCAGCAGCGGCAGGAGCGGGAAGAGUCUGACCGCAGCUGCGUCUCCGUCCUCCGGGCUGGUUUAUCCCAGCAGACCGUCCAUUAGCAACAGCGGAGAGUUCUACGAUAUCGCCUUUAAGGUGAUGCUGGUGGGAGACUCAGGUGUAGGAAAGACCUGUCUGCUGGUCCGCUUCAAAGAUGGAGCCUUUCUGGCCGGGAGCUUCAUCUCCACCGUGGGCAUCGACUUCAGGGUGAGAGUGUGUGUCAGUGUACUGUGUGUGUGUGUGUGUCUUCACACACACACAGAUUCACACUGAUGAUUUCAUUGUCUGUGUUUGAAGCUGAUUCUACUCAUCAAUGAACUAUAUUUAGUUAAUGUCUGGUUUUAUGAUGCUUUAAAUAAAAAAUAAAGGACUUUAGGUUCAUUCCCUUCAUUCUCUCCUUUCCUCUGGAGUUGACUGUCCUCCAGCUUCUUUUGUGGCUGUAAAAAACAAAACAAAACCUCAGAGUAAUUUAAACCAGAUUUCAGUGUCAGUCUCUCUUCGAUAUCCAAGCCCACGGGAGACAAGACAUUUAAACUGAAUUAAGCUAAAUUAAAAAAGUUAAUUUAUCUUGAUAGGCUAAUUCUUUGUUAACCGCCGACCAUCAACAGUUUGUACACACCAAUCCCUGGAAGGAAUGUUAAACCUCUGAAGUGUCACCUCAAGGUUGUCCCAGCCCUGAAUGGGAAUGAGCGUCUUAGCUUUGUCCACCUUGGGGAUUGAUGCCAAAUGUGACAUUAGGAAUUAAAAACAUUUCUGAUAUUAAAGGUUUGGACAUCAUGCAGUUUACACAUAUAUUUAACAAAAUGCCAAAGAUAAAGAAAGAAAAUGUCAAACUAAAAAAAAAAAUGAUCAAAGUUAAAAUGUCAUGUUGAAGCUUAAAAGUCCAAAUGUCCCCUCUGGGUAACCAUAGCUUGUUAUCUGCUAGGACAUGUGGAUGAAGGACUUUCUUUGAACUUGUGUUAAUGGGAUUAUUUUGAUCUUUUCUCCUUUAUAUAAAAACUAUAACUAUAUAAAUCCAUAAACAAGAAAGUACAAGCAGCACAGGCAUUUCUCAGCCACAGUCUCAAAAAUGCACAUGUGGCCAACAGUAGGCUCAGUGUUAGCCAACGGAGCAGCUAACAGACUCUGCAAUAUAGCAAAAUUCAAACUUGCAUUUCAGUAAAACUGAAACAAAAUCUUAGUCAAAGAAGUUAGUAGUAGAGACAACUACUAACUUGGCAGCAUGUUUGGGCUAUUGGUUUUCUUACCUUUGGGUUAGUUUUG